GGGGGAAGCUUUUGCAGUUUCAUUUUGAACCGGAUGUAAAAGUUUUCUUCUCGUCCUUUUCCGGUUAUAUCCUAAUCAUGGUAGGUAGUAACAUCCUAAUUCCUGAAAAUAUAACUUUAAAAAAUCUGUUGAAAUCCUCUAUAUCUUACAUUAUUUUAAGUCAUCGAUCCUUAAAUUUAUAUGUUUUAUAUGCAUUGGCAUUUGCAAAGAUUCUUUAUUGUUAGCAGAAUGGGAGGAAAUUGGAACGAUUAUUAUUUAUUUUUGUUGUCGAAAUGAUAAUUUUGGCGUAUUUACAUUUUGCAAUCGCUUUUUAUGUAAGCCUGUUUGAAUUUAACUAUCGAGUUUAAUUAUUGUUCAAACUUUCAUAGAAGAUAGGAAAUAAUUUAUCAUGUGGUAGGGUGGUGCAUCAAAUUUAAAGAUGCUCAAUGACAGGAACAGAAACAUUGCAAAUCCCAUCUACAUGCAUAGGAGCCAAAAUGAUCAAUAAAUUGAUCGUGGGCCCUUAAGAUAUAGAAGAAGAAGAAGACUGAUAAAUUUAGGGUAAUGAAACUCAUCGUUCAACAUUCAUUAAGAAUUUAAGAUUCAUUAUUUAUCAUUCAUUAUGAGCGAUAUUAUUUUCAACUCUUGAGGACUCUAACCAAUAACCAGGACUAAUGAUUGGGUUAGUAGUCAGUAAACCUAUGCCUACCCAUCUUUUUGAGGUGCUAUGAUGAAAAGAAUUUCUUCACCUGAAUUCUUUAACUAGUUUUACGAUGAAAUUUGACACCUGAGCACCACAAUAUUUUAAUUGUCCAAACAUUUUAUUUCCGUCAAUUAUGCAAUAAAUUGAACUAAGAUUCAGAUGACCUUAGUGAGUAGUAUAGGUGUAUUUUAAAAUAUUUUUUAAAAGUUAAAGAGUGUUAGUUAUAUAUAAAGUAUUAUUCUGAUUCUAUUUCAGCCUCCCCCAAAGUCAAAGAAAGGCAAAAAGAAGGUGGCUGCAGCACCGCUGCGUGCCAAGGUAGAGCCCAAAAAGAUUGUUAACCCUCUUUUUGAGAAGCGACCAAAGAAUUUUGGCAUUGGCCAAGACAUUCAGCCCAAGCGAGAUCUUAGCCGUUUUGUCAGAUGGCCAAAGUAUAUCCGUCUUCAAAGACAAAGAGCUAUUUUGUACAAGAGACUCAAAGUUCCUCCUCCUAUUAAUCAGUUUACUCAAGCUGUUGACAGACAGACAGGUAGGGAUUAUUUUAAAACAAUUGAUUUGAAAGUAAUAAUAGUAAUAUUCUUAUGACAAUUUUAAUUUUUUUAUUUGUGUGUCAAUGCCAAGUCUUUGGGUUUACAUCAGAUUCUUGUUACUUGUUGGAUUGGUUCAGUCGGUAGCUUUAAAUGCGUUUUGAAUUAUUGUGGGAAAUGUUACAAAUCUGGUGGACAUUUUUACAUUUCACAGCCACCCAGUUGUUUCGUCUGAUGGAUAAAUACAGACCAGAGGUCAGAAAACAGAAAGAAGCCCGUCUUCAAGGCCGUGCUGAAGAGCGUAUUGCUGGAAAGGUUGACACUCCCACAAAGCGUCCACCUGUUGUGAGAUCAGGAAUUAACACAAUCACAGCUCUUGUUGAGUCUAAAAAGGCUCAACUGGUCGUCAUUGCUCAUGAUGUUGACCCUAUUGAGGUUUGUAUUUUGGCAGUGUCUUCACGUGGCCGGGCGUAUAUCUCCCGCACUAUUUGUGCGGCGACCAAGUCACAUGACCGCUGCAACAAACUGGCUCGAUAUUUGUCCGUCAGCCUUGUCAUGUGACCGCGAAUGAUUCAAAACUAUUCUUAAUUUUAAAAUCUAUCUCUCGACCAAGUAAUUAACUGAGUAUCUUGCAAACAAAUAAUUGAAAAAAAUACUUAGGUUUAUAUCCAAAACAAAGGGGGAGAAUUAAGCAAUCAUGCAUUCAAGAAGGAAGGAAGCAAUGCUGAGAAGGAGAGAAAAACGAUAAUAAAAAAUAUGAUUGUUUUUAAAAAAAAUUGUGAGGGUGAUAAAUAAUUAAGUUUAAGGCAGGGAGACGAUAGUUCACAAAGAAAUAAGACCCUACAUCUUAAUAUAAUAUAGGGCCAUUAUAGUGGUAGCCUACCCUACUUCAAUACUAAAUACUAAUCCUGAAAUAGGUCUAUUGAAGUCUACUGGUCUUAUUUUAUUUGGUUCAUAUUUUAAAUUUAACUAAGAUAAGGGAUGUUUUUCUUUGAAGAGUCAGAAUCAAAUAAACUAUUAAUACUAUAGGCACUCCAACUCAAAUUUUAAAAUACACCUGACUUAUAAAAAGAGCAUAUCAUUGGAAAGAGCUGGCUCUAAGCUUUCCAAUGACACUGAGAUAAUCUUUCUAUCACUUACAGGAGAAAAGUUAUGAAUUUUUUAGUGAUUUAUUUUUCCCCACUAUUUGGCUUUGUAUUUAAUUUUUAAAACCGAGAUCUAUAUUACUCUUUUUGUACUAUUUUGCUUGUAUCUCUUUGGUUAUUAAAGUUAGAGCUCUCAAAUUUGGAGGAGACAUUUAAAAUACAAUGUAAAACAAAUGAAUUGUGAAUUAACUUAUUAUAUUUGAUAAAAUAUGAUUUUAUUAGCAUAUGGCGUUGAUACGACUAUUGUCAAAAAAUUUAAUUAUACAAAAAAUGACAAUUACUAAAUCAAUAAAGCUAUUGCUAUAUAAUUUUCAAUACAAACAGAUAAUGAAUGACCAUCUAAAAAGUAAGGCACAUUUAAAAUAAAUAACAUACUGAUUAGAAAAAAUUAUGCAAUUUUUAUAAAAAAAAUAUUUAAUGAAGAGCAACUGCGGCCGAGAAGUUUUUACAUUAAAAUACAUAACUUUUAUUAAACUAAUGAAGCUACUGCAAUCAAACUUUCAGUAAAAAUAGUAAGUGACAAUCCGAAUGUAACAGAAUAUUCAAAUAUUGCAAAUAAAAUCAUGCUAUACAAAAUUUUAAAAUAUCAUGUAAUCUGUUGACAUUUUGAUGUACAUUUUUAAGCAUAACUUUUUAACUGAAAAUGCUACUUCAAUAAAAACCUUCAGUACAAAUAGACAGUGACAAUUUAAAUUUAAUAAAGUAUUUAAAUACAAAAACAAUAAUUCAGAGCAUUUUAUAUAAAAGAUAUAUGAAUCUACAUCAACAUUAUUGUACCGGUGCAUUUAAAUACAAACCAUCCAAUGCAAUGUAACAAUCCACGGUCCACAGCAAAGAUUGUAUCCUUGUCCACCUGAAAGUAUACAAAAUAAUAAAAAUUAAAUUAUACAAUGAGCCAAUAAAUUUAAUCAAAACACGAACAAAAUGAAAAUCUCCCAUAAGGACUUCAGAAACUAAACCACCUGAAAGUAUACAAAAUAUAAAAAAUUAAAUUUUGCAAUGAGCGAACUGAAAAUUCAAAUAAAUUUCAUCAAAACACAAUGUAACAAAUAGAAAAUCUUCCAUAAAGAAAUCAGAAACUAAAUGUAUGUCCACCUGAAAAUAUACAAAAUAUUAAAUUUUACAAUGAGCAAACUGAAAAUUCAAAUAAAUUUCACCAAAACACAAACAAAAUGAAAAUCUCCCAAAAUAACAUUAGAAACUAAAUGUGACAAUGUUAUUUCUUCAUGAUCUAUGUCAGAAAAUACCAACUUACAAAACAAUUUUCCAGAUUUCUUAACAUAUCCAACUAAAUCUCCAAUAAACUCCUCUUCCCCAUCAACAUCCCAAAUGUGCCUAGUUCUCAUAUGAACAUUUGGACAUUUACAUGAAAAAGAAAUAUGUUGAAAUCUAAAAUAGACAAUACUAGAACAAUUUCUGAUAUAUAUAAUGAACAAACUUUAACAAAGUGUUAAAUGUGUUCAAUAAAGAGUGACAUUCCCACCGGAUGAAUGUCAACCACACUAUUAGCAGCCUGUGUACAUAUGUAGAUCUUAAACCAACACCCCUUACAGAUUUUUUUUUCUUGGCAGGUCUGAUUAUGUGAUUAGUUUUAUGUCUAUUUAAGCUUUAAGUGGCUUAUAUAGCUUGAUCAUUUUGUUCACAUCAUAUCACAAAAGGCGUAUCAAAGUAUUUGAGGAUUUCAAUAGCAGGGGUCUAGUAACUUUUUUUAGCUCUUACCCCAAAAUAUAUUUAUUUAUGCUGAUGUUGCCCCCCCGUGGAUUAAACGGAAAAACUAUUUCAAUGUUAGGUCUAGUAUAUAACUUCAGUGUAUAAAAGUAUAACAUAAAUGCACUUAAAUCCUUGAAACCGUUAAGCCUGUUUUUAAAACAAAAUGCAACAGGCCAAAAUAAGGUAAAGACAAGACGUGCAUCUAAGCCUACUUCCCAUCCACUUUUAACCACAUGGAUGCUUUUCUCUAAUGCACUGGUCAGGUGUAGUGUUGCCAGAAAAAAGAUUCUGUCUUAACAAGGAAGAUGCUUUUUAUGUAUUUUUAAUUUAUGUCUUUAAUUCUCAUCACCCCCAAGAAUGUCAAUUUUACUCUGGAUGGUUCAUUUACAAAGGUUCACAAGGGCUUACAAUAUUUUUACAAAAUCUAUAACAUACCGGUACUAGUACUAUUUUGUGACACAAUUUAUAUUUUAAGUUUUUUUUUUAGUAAAAUGUAAAUCCUGUGCAAUGAUGUGAGAAUUUCUUCGCCUGAAAUACAUUUCAUGAUGUCAUCUGACACCUGAGCACCUUUUUUUUUCCUCUUGACAUUUCCCAUCCCCCAAAAAAUUAUCUGAAUUACUAAAUUUCAAACACAAAUGGCGGUAACUUAAUAAAUUUCUGAUUUGUUAGGCCUACCAAUUUAUAAUAAAGAGAUUGAACAUAUAUUAGUUCUUGGCAUUUCUUUUCCUUGCUCACUAUAAUUUGUGAGCACUUAUUGUAUAGAAACCGAGCUCUAGGGUUCUUUACAAUUUAGUUUUCAAAAAUGAUCACGGAAUUUCAUAUUUCAGAUUGUGUUGUUCCUGCCUGCUCUGUGUCGUAAAAUGGGAGUCCCCUAUUGCAUUGUGAAAGGAAAGGCUAGACUUGGACAAGUUGUUCACAGAAAAACUGCUACCUGCUUGGCCUUCACCCAAGUACACCCGUAAGUAACAUGCCAACCUAAUUUCAGUUCUAGUUUUAUCCAUUGAAUUUUGGGUCUGUGAUGAUACAUGACUACUGAUUUCCGUUGAAGAGAGAUCUCUUGGCUGUGUCUGAACCCUGUGUAAACUUGAGGCUUGUGCUUAAUGUUCCCAUAAUUUUAUGACUGCAUAUAAUUUAUCUAAUCCACAUUUAUCAGCCCCAUUAAAUUUGGUCUGUGUAGUGAACUUCCGUCUUAGGAUUAGUUCACAAUUUAAAAAGCUCCUGCAGUUUUGCUCAAUGGGCAGUUAAAUAGGCUUCAUGUUGGCUAAGAGAACACUAUUCUAGGGUGCACUUUACUGAUUCCAUUCAUAACUGCAAGCAGUAAAAAAAAUCAGGUUGAAAAAACUAAGUUCUUUACUUACACUGCAUUUCUGAAUAACAAUUUCACAAACGUCCUCUAUUAAAACCUAACCACCCUAACAAUAACACUACACGGCCUCUGAAAAAGUAGGACUUGGACUACAAUGAUAACUACCACUAGACUCUCAAAAAUACUUAUUUAACUGUAUUCACACAGUAUUUAAACACCUCCAUUUUUUGAAUGUCCUUGCAUAACCCGACUGUUCACCAAACUAUGCUCACAAAACCUUUUCAUAACGGGCAUUAAUGGGCUGUGAUGAUACACAAUGAAUGCUGAUUUUUACUGAAGAUAUCCUUGGCUGUGUCUGAGCCCUUUUUGAUUAACUUAUAGGAUUACAUUAAUCACAAAUCUCAAGUGUAGUGACUUACUAUUUUCAUCCCAGUAAAGUGCUUUUAUUUUUUUUGUGCAUCGACUCAUGAAAUGCUUCUUUUAACCGAUUGUCUUAGGAUUUUUAAAAAAAUCUUUGUAAAUUAUUGAACUACAACACAAAGUGCCAGCUCAUCUGACCCCACUGUACGAGUUAAUUAAAACUCACUGGGUACAUCCGAUUGCAAAUAGAGACAUUGUGUUUAUGGUCAGCAUGAAAUUUCUCUGCUCAACGGUAUGUCAUAUAUCCGUAUUUGAUUACAUGCUCAUAAGUCAUCACACCAUUUUGAGCACCUCCUUUUGCAUUAGCAAUGUAAACUUUGAUCAAUAAAUAUAUCUUACCAGACUGCGUUUAAUCAAAUGCAUGUAUAAUGUACCUCACUUUAAGGAGAAAUAAUGCACAACCAUCCACAAGGUAUUGCGUCGACUGCUAAUGCCUAACAAUUACUAGUGUAUUCCAAUACACGACACAUAUUUUGCGCAGGACGAAGUUAUCCAUUGUACUUGUACUUCUGUUACCAUUUUUAUGUUCUUUACCGCUGACAUUGCUUGUGAUGAUGAACAUAUUUUAACAGCUGAUUUUCAAUGAGGCUUGUUAAUGAGCUUUUUAACCCUGAGCAAGCAGAGAAUAGUUUAUAUAUAUAAUACUAGUGUUUUGGAUUUGUGUUAUAUUUUUUUCUGUUUUUUUGUCUGCAGUGAGGACAGGCCAGCCCUUAACAAGUUGGUUGAAGCUGUCAAGACCAACUUCAAUGACAGGUUUGAUGAGGUAAGCACUGUUUUAUGUUUUUUAAUAAAUAUAAUUUAUGAAUGCUUGUUAUGAUGAAAUUUUUACAGUUGAUCUCCUGUGAAGCAUUUGUAAGUAGAGCUUUUUAACCCUGAGCAAGCACUUAUUACUAGCUAUUUCAUUAUUCUGACUUAACUUAUUACUGAUGUUUGAUUAUUUUAUUUCUUAUCCAGAUUCGAAGACACUGGGGUGGUGGAGUUAUGGGUUCCAAAUCUCAGGCUCGUGUUGCCAAAGUUGAAAAAGCCAAGGCAAAAGAAAUAGCACAGAGGGUUGGAUAGUUACCAGAUUUACUGAAUAAAUUGAGGUUGAUAAAAUGGUGCACAUAUUUGUUAAUUUAUCUGGUUAACCAUAUUAUUUAGUAAAUGGUUCUUAUGAGAGAUGUUAUUUUAUGACCGACUUUGUUUCUGGUUCAAUUUUUCUACAUUUCUAUGAUGAAAAUACAAAUAUCUGUUUGAGAGCACAUGGGCUGCAUGUCAAUUCUUGCAUUUUCUCAUGAUAAGCUGAACUUUCGACACAUAAUUAUUUCACUCUCAUACACAUACUUAAAAAUGAAGCAAUUUUUGGAUUAAGAAAAUUUGUAAUUGUUUAAUAUUACCAAAAUGCAAUACUAAGUAUGGUAGAAAAUAAGUUUGAAAGACAUAGACAAUUCAAAGUCUAGUAAUACUUAUGUAAAAAAUAUUAAUUGUUUAAUAUGACCAAAAUGCAAUACUAAGUAUGGUAGAAAAUAAGUUUGAAAGACAUAGACAAUUCAAAGUUUAGUAAUACUUAUGUAAAAAAUGUUAUUCACUCGUGCCACCUGACAGUCUGUGAACACUUUUUUGUGGAAAUUCUCCAUUAAUGUUAAACUUAUUGAGGGACCCGGUGGAAUUUAUAAAUCCAAAUAGUUAUAUUAUCGAGGAGUACCCAGUACCGGUAUUCAUUAUUUUAACAUGUUUGUUUUUAUGAAGAGUAUAGGAGUACUUUGUUGUAGUUUGCCAGGGGACAUAAUUUUAGCUAUUCAAUUUAUUUUCUUAUAAUAAAUAUAAAUACAUGUUUUCAACUGUAAUAAAAAUUUAAGCAAAGUGAUGGAUGUCUGAAGACUAAAUAACAGUUUAAUCAAAAUCAUUUAUAGAUUAUGAAUACCAUAGUGAAAUUAUAUCUUAAUCUUACACUAAGUUACACUAGAAAUGCUCAUGCUAGAUCAACAGCUGUAAAUUGUGUUUGUGGAUUAACAAGUGCAUCAGAAAGUGGGGUUGGUUCAGUCUCACUUAGUGAGCGUAGAUCAUGAAGAAAACCCUCUGGAGUCAGGAUGUGUGUAGAACCUGAUAACAGAAGGAAAUAUAUAUAUAAGCGAAAGUAUGGGGAGACCUGGCGACAAAAAAAAGUACCGGUACACAGACCAUGUCCUAAUGAAGCCUACUUCAGCAAACAUACAACAGUACAAACAAUACAUCUAUAAAUAAUAAAACAGGCUGCAGUUGUAGGAAGGCAAGAGGAAUGUGAUAGAAAUUAGUAACAUAUUGUAGGUGAGAAAUCUAAUACUAAUACGGGCAAAUUGGGAAGGCAUAGGAGAAGUAAGUCCUGCGAUUGUUCUUUUUAGGAAGGAGUGGAGUGAAUGAGAACAUGAGGUCUAUGCAAUGUGGUUUCAAGGUCACAUAAGGUUGAAUAAGUUAGUUUUCCCAAAUUCAUCCGUUUUGGCAUACAAGACAACGACUGUCCUUAGGGAAGAGAAAAUUCAAAGAAGAUGAAAUAUUGUAAUUCAGAAAAGGGUGGGGGUGGAAAGAAGUGUUGAGUACUGGGCAAUUAGUAUUAGCUGUGGCUGUCAGUAGGUUUUAAGUACCAGGUACAGUAGAUAGAGGUUUGUAAGCUGUCUUUGUGUCUGAUGACUAAUAUUAUCCAAAAAGUUUACAGAGACCAGUGAUGGAAAUUUAAUGCCGGGGGGGGGGGGGGGGGGGGGGUGAAAAGGGCCUUCAAAGUUGAUGAAGAGGUCCCAUUUGAAGUAGAAGUAUAAGAAUUGUUUUGUUACCUUAGAAUUUUUGUGGGUUGCAUUUCACUUAACUUAAAGAAUGAUUAUUUACUAUUAUUAGUAUUAUGGCUUAGUAUUUUUUUAAAAGUAUUUGUACUGGUAAAUGUAAUGUAGUAAUAGUAUCAAAUCUUUCAUAGAAAAUUUCCAGUUAGCUUUUAAUAAAACCUUCCCAAUACCUUCAGUGAUAGUGAUAGUAUUUCUCAUUAUUCUGGCAGUUGCAUACUGCAGUACCUAUGUACACUCCUUUCACACACAAUUUCAAUUUGGCCAACUCUACACCAUGUAACGGUAUAUGGAGUAAAAUAAGAUAGACUUCUAUUUCUAAACCGGUAAUUAAUUCAUUUUUCAACUUCUCAUUUGCAUUUCAUAAACUUUCAAUACCAGUACUUUCAAACUUUCAUGGAGUCAUUUCAAUUCAAUUAAGAUUUAAAUUAUUUUAAUAGAAUCACUCAGACUCAACAAAGAUCUAACCUAUUACAACUUCCCAGUCCUCGGAAGCCUCUGUGAAUGUGUAAGCACCUCUAAUCUCAGAGUAGGUCACACCACCUACAAUAAAAACAAACAGCCUCGAGCGUUUCUUCUUUUUAUCCGCAGAUUUGUGUCUUGCACUGGAUCAAAUUCAAAUAAAAUAAAUUAGAAGUAAGGGUGAAAGUGAAUUUUCAAAUUAUGUCAUUUUUUUUUCCCAAGACAUUUUAAUGGCAGUACCAGUAACUUCUGAGUAACAGCAUUUUGAUAAUAAUGCUAGAUACAUCAUCAAUGCAACACAGCCAAUGAUUUCAAUCCUUAAUGGUUGUCAUUUUCUAUCCCAUGAUAAUUAAAAUUAAAGGGUGGUGGACUGAUUAGGUUAGGUAAAAGGUAACAUGUACAACCUGAUUGUUAAUACAUAAUGGCCUCCCCUGUUAUAGUAACACUAUUAAUUUAUUUGCUAUUUUCAAUAAUUCAAAUUUUAAAGUUUUUGUGGCUCCCAAUCAAUUGCUGUGGCCCCAUGUUGAAAAACACUGUUCUAUACCACUAGUUUAGCAUGGUACAGGUACAUAAUUAUUCUCAACUAAAUGGGUCAUUACACUUGUCCUACUCCCCCCCUAGAGUCUUAUGGGAGCAGUAAAAGUUACAAGUUGCAACCUUGCUUAAAUAAACCACAUAAUUUUUUGAAGACUUUACAAUGUACAAUAAUACUCAUAUUAUUAGUACCGGUAGUAUAGGACCGGUACCGGUAUAGUAUUGGUAAUGCUAGAAUCACAGAUCCAACAGUACAAAAUAAUGCUUACAAUAUUACCAUACUAUUAGUAAUACUAGAAUCACAGAUCCAACUGUAUAAAACAAUGCUGUAAAACCAUGUACGGGUAUAUAAAAUAUAAUUGCAAUAUGCCUUACCUAAUCUGUCGAGAUGGUUUGUCUGGCCUCACUGCUUCGGUAGUUGCUGUUUCUGAGUUAGU